UUGGUUUUGCCAGUUUUUACGGUCUGUGCGCUGCGACUCCAGCACAUUCGAGCAAUGAUUGGAGUACUUUGUCCUCGGUUUUGAGUAUUUCCUUGCUAGCCAUCGGAGCUAAUUCGUGCCUGUGUAUGCGGUACAUCGAAGAUAUACGAGUGCAGUUCCUUUCGUCGUUACCGGUUAUAUGUAAUUAAGAGAACCAUGGCCCCGAACAUGAGAACUGAUGUUAUUUUGCUGGAAGGAAUGACAUGUCCAGUUUGCGUUGAAAUAAUCAACAAGAAGCUGGUGAACCUGAGCGGUGUUGAAACUGUUCACGUGGAUCUGGACGAAAAUGAAGCCGUCGUCAAGUAUGAUCCAAGCGAGGUAACCCUGCGUGAGAUCACCCGAGCAGUUAUAGAGAGUGGCUUCAAUGCACGCACCAAGAAUUCGUGUCCAAGCCUUGAAGACAUCACACUUCUCAUUGGUGGCAUGAUGUGCAACGACUGUGUUGGCAAAGUGACGGCAAAUGUUGCACAAAUCAAAGGAGUUUGUCGUGUUGAUGUUUCCUUGGAUAAGGGCAGAGCCAAUGUUACAUUUGAAACAACUCAAACCGACCCUCUUGCUAUUCAGUCUACGGUAAACAACCUUGGCUUUGUUGUGACUCUCCCUGAAAGUAUUCAGCCAUCAUCUGUCACUCUUUCUGUUGAAGGUGUUGCUUGCAACCUGUGUGUUACAUCAGUUGAACGAGUGCUAUUAGCAAAACCAGGAGUAAAAACGGUUUCCGUGUCAAUUGAAGAGCAGAAAAUGCUAGUUGAAUUCUGCAGCUAUGAAGUGAGAGCAUACGACCUGUGUCGAGCUGUAUGCAAUGCAGGGUACUCGGCAACGAUCAUCAGUGAACAAGGACCUCCAGACCUUGUUUCAUCAUUGUUCAGCAUCACAGGCAUGACAUGUAUGUCGUGUGUGGCCUCCCUAGAAGGACUGUUGUCUCGAACUGAAGGAGUUGAAGGUGUCAAGGUGUCUCUCCAAGAAGGUACGGCUGCCGUCGUCUAUGUCUCAUCAUUAUUGACAAGCCAAAAAAUUGUGGAAAUUAUCAGCGACUCUGGUUAUGGCUGUCAGAUCAAGGAGCAGACUCGAAAAGGCUCCAUAGCAUCAGAGGAAACACCACUUCUUGAAGUACAGUUUAGCAAAACUGCAUCAUGUUUGUCUGUUUCCUCCUUAGACAAUGGUUCAAGGAAAUUUUCAUCAGUGGAGAACAAAUUGCAAUUAGCUCCAACAUCAAAAAUCUCAUCAGAUUCUGCGUGUAACAAAGAUGUGCCUUUGCAAAAAUGCCAUCUUUAUGUUAGAGGCAUGACGUGUGCUUCCUGUGUGUCAGCUGUUGAGAAGAACCUUCUAAAGCUAAAUGGUGUAGCCCAGGCACUUGUCAGUCUUCUGUCAGAAAGAGCAGAAGUGAAGUAUGAUCCUGAGAAAGUUACACCUAUGCAGCUUUCACAAGUGACGACUGAUCUUGGUUAUGAUUCGUCAAUCAUAGAAACAGCUGAACUACAGCCAGGAGAAAUUGAUCUUUCGAUCAAAGGCAUGACGUGUGCCUCUUGUGUUUCUUCCAUCGAAUCUAACCUCUUGAAGCGACCAGGUGUGACAAAAGCAUCUAUCAGCCUUGCCACGCAAAGGGGCCAUUUUGAGUUUGACACAGAACUCAUUGGGCCACGGAGGCUUAUCCAAGCUAUAGAGGAGCUGGGGUUUGAAGCAUCUCCUGCGACUGUCAACAAGCUUGAUGUAGACCAUCUAACUCAUGUUGCUGAAAUUAGAAAAUGGCGCCGUGCCUUUUUAAUUUCUCUGAUUUGUGGCAUUCCUACCAUGGUUGUGAUGGUUUACUUUAUGGCCUUUGCUGACAUAGGCAAUCAUUGCUGCCUUAUUCCAGGGCUAUCCUUGGAAAAUCUUCUUUUGUUUAUUUUUGCAUCACCAGUUCAGUUUCUGGGUGGGCGACACUUCUAUUUGCCAGCAUUUAGGGCCCUGCGGCACGGCAUGGCAAACAUGGACGUAUUGGUGAUGUUGGCAACCAAUGUGUCCUACCUGUACAGCGUUAUCAUUCUUCUCUACUUUGUGGCCACUCGAUCUGAUCGCAGCCCUACCACAUUUUUUGACACUGUACCCAUGCUCAUUGUCUUCCUUUGCCUCGGCCGCUGGCUUGAGCACCUUGCCAAGCGACACACUUCAGAUGCUUUGACGAAGCUAAUAUCAUUGCAAGCCACUGAAGCUAAUUUGUUAACUGUUAAUGAAGAUGGUGAUGUAUUGUCUGAGAAGAAAAUUGACGUGAAUCUGAUACAGAGGAAUGACAUGAUAAAGGUUCUUCCAGGGGAAAGGAUACCUGUAGAUGGCAAGGUUAGCGGGGGAUCAUCAAAUGUUAAUGAAGCUCACAUCACAGGUGAACCACUCCCUGUAUUCAAAACAGUUGAUUCCAAUGUCAUGGCAGGUUCAGUGAAUGAAAAUGGAGUUCUAGUCAUUCGUGCAACUCAUGUUGGCAAAGACACAACCUUGGCUCAAAUUGUACGUCUUGUUGAGGAAGCACAGUCAUCUAAGGCACCUAUUCAGCAGCUGGCUGACAAAAUUGCAGGCUACUUUGUUCCAGCUGUUGUAAUCCUCUCAAUUUUGACUUUGGUUGUGUGGCUUAUCCUGGGUUUUAUUAGGACAGAUCUAGUCAACAACUACUAUAGCAAGACACAAGACAUGCCCGAAACUGAAGAGAUCAUCCAGUUUGCAUUCCAGUGUGCGCUGACAGUAUUAUCAAUUGCCUGCCCAUGUGCUUUGGGCCUAGCCACACCAACUGCCGUUAUGGUAGGAACAGGAGUUGGUGCCACAAAUGGCAUUCUAAUUAAAGGGGCCGAGCCACUGGAAGCCAUUUGCAAGGUCGCAUGCUUUGCAUUUGACAAGACUGGCACAAUCACAAAGGGGGCACCUGUAUUGGUAUAUGCUGGUGUGAUGACACACGUUAAGGCCCUCACAUUAAAUGUCUUGAUGGCCAUUGUGGGGACUGCAGAGGCAAGUAGCGAGCACCCAAUUGCAAAAGCCAUCUCAGACUACGCUAAGCAGUUUUUGGAGACAGGCAUACUUGGAAGCUGUGAAAGCUUUGAGGCAAUCCCUGGCUUUGGUCUGUCUUGCAAAGUUGGAAGUGUGGGCAGCAUACUGAAGAAUGCACCAAAGUAUGUGGAUAGUCAUUGUAUAGAAAUUCAGUACAUUGGAGAAGUGAAUCAAGAAAGAAAUGAGCAAGAAAAAUGGGACAAUACAUAUGACGUGCUUGUUGGCAAUCGAGAAUGGAUGAAGAACAACUCUGUUGAAGUGUCAUCGUCUGUUGACAGCUUGAUGGCCAGGAGAGAAAUGCUAGGACAGACAGUUAUUUUGUGUGCCAUAAAUGGUGUUCUUGCAGGUAUACUUGCUGUGUCCGACACACUCAAGCCCGAGUCCAAAGCCACUGUGAGCAAGCUGAAAGAGAUGGGAUUUAAGGUUGUUCUUUUGACUGGAGACAAUGCUCAGACUGCCUCAGCCAUUGCAGAGCAGGUUGGCAUUGAUGAGGUGUUUGCUCAAGUCUUGCCCUCCCACAAAGCAGAGAAAAUUAAAUCACUGCAGAAUGAAGGUUUCAAGGUCGCCAUGGUUGGUGAUGGCAUCAAUGACUCACCUGCCUUAGUUAAGGCUGAUGUUGGCAUUGCCCUCUCAGACGGCACAGAUGUGGCUAUUGAAGCUGCAGACUUGGUUUUGAUUCGGAACAAUCUCUAUGAUGUGGUGGGUGCUGUGGACCUUUCGAGGAAGACUGUGCAAAGAAUUCGAAUGAAUUUUUUUCUUGCUAGCAUCUACAACCUUGUGGGCAUUCCUCUUGCAGCAGGUAUCUUCAUGCCUUUUGGUGUUGCCUUGUUGCCAUGGAUGGGAGCAGCUGCUAUGGCACUGUCCUCUGUUUCAGUUGUCACAUCAUCAUUACUCCUGUACCUGUAUCAAAAGCCUAUUAUGGCCAAAUCAGGUUGCCCAAGUGAGCCAAAAGGAUCACAAGACAUGGAGCUUGCUGAGCACACUGCACAAGGAAAUGUGGCCAAAAUUGCCAGUGUCCAAGGAUCACCACUGAGAGACUCAAUUUUGCCAGAAGUCUGUAUUCAGCAAGAACUUGAAGGAUUGUGCACUGAUAAUGUGCCGCAAUUACUUUGAAUCCUGCCAAGCAGUCUUUUUCUGUUUUUUUUCCAUCCCCUUUCUUCUCUUGCCCAUCAUGUAAAAAGCAGCACUAGCUGUAUUUCAUAGAAUUUGUACUUACAAAGUGUGCACAUUCGUUUUUCCUGGUUUUACUAUAGACAUGCAUCAACAUUGCAGUUUGCCGUGUUUUGAUACCAAAGCGCCAGUUUCUAAGUAUUGAUUCUCUCGGAGAAAAUGUGCUAGCUGGCAAAGCUGCUCUUGUAAUUUACAGGGUAUACUAGAAAGUGCAGAAUUCUUGUAUAUCAUGCAGGGUUUUUUGAUUACACGAGCUUGCCUGCUGUUGUUACAUGAGAAACUAAAGAUGUCUAAUUUUUAGCUAUACAUACUAAUUUUUAGCUAUACAGUACUCUCAUUAAACAAAAUUUGAAGGUACCACAAAAAAUAUUUCCGUGUAAAAGGAGUUCUGUUUACUCGGAGAUCAACAAUGAUGGAGAAUCCGAGUAUGGAACCAAUUGUGCUGGAGGCAGUGGUUCCAUUUAAGCAGCAGUUCCGUUUAACAGAUACCUGUUUGUCGGGAGUUUACUGUACUCAGUUACAACCUAAGAAAAAUGCCAGCUUAGCUCAUAGCCAUUGCUGCCCCUCCCUCAGAGAAUUCCUGUGAAUUCUCAGCGAGAGAUUCUUUGUGGGAAAUGGCACAUUCAAUAGUGCUUACUCGUUUCCGUGAUAUCAGGCACUUCUCUGGAGUUUCAGGUAGUUGACUAUAAUAGACACACAUCUAUGUGCUGCUGGUUUCAGAUUGAACACGUAGACAUCAUGGCAUACUUUUUCGGGGACUCUUACAUCAUUGCUCGGCUAAACUUGAUAUUUUAACUAUUAGAGCAAUUUCAUACCUUCCUACCUGAAAUACCUGACCACCUGGCAUACCUGACCUUCAUACCUGGCAGUAUGAAGUCAACACUCAUGUUUUUCGGUCCUCUUCUGUGUGCUUUAAUUUUCGAGCAGUUUAAAAAUGAACCUUAAACUCUGUAUAUGCGUACUAUUCGCAUUAGCCAAGAAAAAGUACUAGUUCAUGUGGAAUAUAGUUCACGUGGAAACCAGUGAGCAUGACUGUCAUUCUAGAAUAUACAUAUUCUAGGCACUAUACGCAAGUGAUGGGCAGGUGCACGCCACAGUUUUGUAGGUGGAGCUGUCAUAUUUUCUUAAGUUGUAACAGAGGAUAGUCAACUUGAAAACUAAUCAUGUAUGACAGUUUGCUUACCUAUACUUGGUGCCAUAUCUUCCUAUUGCAUGCUGGCUUGACUGUGUGUUGCAAAGUAUGUUUAAUCUUGAAGUAAGAUAUAUGCGACAAAUUUUGACUGUAUUUAUCCUUAGUAGUGGUUUCAUCAUAAAAGAGGCUUUACAAAUUGGGAUUUCAGCUAAAGGUGACCCAGUAAAAAAAAUUAAAGUGCUUGUGUUUAGCCAUUCCAACAUUAAAUUCUGUCCCAUAACUUGGUACUGUGCAAACUGUGCAGUGUUCUUUCAUCAAGUCAUCAAAGUAAGUGUGUGAUUUUAAAAAAGUGCCUAUGGUGGCAGUUUUGUGCAGCAGAAGUGUAGUCCUGUGUCCUCGGUCUUGAAAAUAUAUGUUUUGAUGGGGGAGAGUUCUCAAAUAGCAUUUGGGUCACAUUUUUUCUGGGUGCCUUGCGUUACUUUUAUUGAAGAUGAAUGUGCACGGCUCUACUACGUUUAUUCUUCACAAGCUCAGUAGUGUAAGAUUAAAACAAAUGUUUGCUGCUCCAGUCUAAUCAGUUUACCAAAUUCAAAAAAUAGGAACUUGGACUGUUGCAUGUUGAGGCUGUUACCUGAGGAUUGACGGAAUAAAUGUCUUUACCAUCUCAUGGAUCUCAUGGGCAUUCUUGAGCAGCUGAUUUUUCUUCAGUAAUUGUUAAACGGAGAAAAAAUAUUUUUUGUACACUUUACAAAAAAGUCUGCAACACGGCUUUCCUACAGGGUUGUUUUCCAACUAAAAACUCUCAUUCAUCGACUACUUUUCUUACUGUGCUUUUGCCUCUCCCAAUUUCAGUGAACGCACGCGAGUACAACAAAAGGUCCAUUCGAUCCACCCUGCAUUUACUGACUGGUACUGGUUCAUGGUGGUGUCAUCUCGAUGUCGUCGUCAUGAAGGGGAUGUUUCAGCAAGUGCAGUAGAAGUGAUAUGCGUAAACGAAUACAAGAGUGCAGAUGUCGUGCUAGCUCAGUGCUGUUGGUCAGCUGUCUAGCGGGUUGUGGACGCUGUGAUUCAUAAAAAACAAUGCCGCUUAUGUUCAUGGCAUGUGCAAUAACCAGAAAAUGUUCACUGUUGUACCUGUAACAUGUCUCUAAAAUAGGCACGAAUGCUAUUGGCUGUGUUGUCUGCUGCAGUUGUAGCCAUCUUGUGAUGCAUGGACCUCACGAGCAGUUGCAGGGAAUUCGUUAACUAGCCUUGCAUUACAGUUACACCGCAGUGCCGCUGCCACCAUGUCGAACUUGUGAAACGAAUGCCAAAGUGCAGCGCCUCAGUGAAACCAACCGGUUCACGAAGAGCAGGUGGAACAAAUAAACCUAAAAAUUUUUUUUUCUUAAAAAAAAACUUUUUUCACUUCGUAUCGCAUGGUGGACGACAUAGCACCUGCUGUUCGUGAGAAACGGGGGGAAAGGCAAAAACACAAUGAGCUAGAAAUGUAGUCCAUGAACGAGAGUUUUUGGUUGGAAAAUAACCUCACAGAAAAGCCACCUUGCAGAUUUUUGCAAUGUGUCCAUUUAUUGUGAUUUAUAUUGUGUGUACUGAUUGCAAACAGUUCUAGCAUAAUAAAGUCAACAGAGUUGCUUUUUGAGCAUAUAUUAUGUGGCUGUGAUUCACAGUUCCAUAUUAUUACCUGCUGAAUCCCGAAUUCUGAGAUGUCUUCCUGAUUGUACGAUCAUGACCAUGAAUCUCUCAAUAAACUGCCUCAGCCCAAUA